GGACAUCGUGCUGAUCGCCCGCUCGUCGAGUGUGCCAAGGGAAUUCAUACUUGCCGUCCUCGCCGAAAGCCUAUCUCUUCUCUGACCGCCAUCUGUCAAGACCUAUGUGCCCCCUCGGGACCGGUGCAAGCGACGGCAGCAGCAGCCGCCAACUUCGUCGCCGCAGCGCGGAUGUCGGCGGCUUGCACCUGGCGUGCACGAGCAGUAAUGGACAGGGCGCAGGCUGGGUCGGUGAUGACGGUGAACUACAGACGCUCUUCGCCGAAUCCCUCGGGGACAUGUAUAUGGAGACGCUUAAGACGGUGAACGAGCACCAUGCGGAGUACAUACCCACGGAUCUCGAGAGCAGCACCCGCGCCUCCCUCAUCGACUCCCUCUCGCGAUGGCACUUCGAGCCGCACCUCUUACCUGAAGAACAUCUUUUGGCAUGCACCUCGCUGCUUUUCGAGGCUCUCUUUCGAGUUUCUGGUAUGGAGGAGGCAACUGGGAUAUCCAUGGCCCAGAUUACGCCCUUCAUUUUCCACCUACGGCAGAUCUACCGGCUUGAAAACUCCUACCACAACUUCAUGCACGCCCUCGACGUUCUUCAGGCUACAUAUUCCUUCCUGGAGUCUGCUCGUAUGGUUCCUCCCGUGACCAUACUGUACGAAACCGAUCGCUUGUGGACACCACCUGCGAACCCUGGGGUUAUCGGUUGCCUCGGCCUUCGAGAGUUGUUCGUACUAUACGUGGCCGCCAUAGGCCAUGACGUUGGACAUCCGGGCUUUACGAACGUCUUCAUGAAAAACGCACAAACACCGCUCUCUGUCGUGUUUGACGGCAAGUCGGCGCUGGAGCAUAUGCACUGCCAGUUGCUGCUUCGUGUGAUGCGCCAGCAUGGGCUCGGCGUAUUACUUGACCACCCUACGGACGGCACGCGGAUACGGCGUCUACUGUGGGAGACCGUCAUGGCCACGGACAUGAGCGUGCAUGCCGAGUUCAUGAAGAACUUUGCCGCGCUUGUGGCGAAUCCCAAGGCUUGCCCUCGGCGGCAGACAUUAGUGUGCCAGGCUAUAAUGAAAUGCGCUGAUAUCAGCAAUCCUUCACGACCUUAUACAGUAUCUCAACACUGGGCUAGUGCCCUAAUGAUGGAAUGGACCUCGCAGGCGCAUUUGGAACAGUACCUGGAGCUGCCGACUACCGUUCAGACGGCCGGGUCACCGCUCGCUGAGGCGAAUUCUCAAAUAUUCUUUAUCAGUAAUUUUGCAAUGCCCUUAAUACAGUUGAUGGUAGAAGCCAUACCAGAGAUGGAGCCUUACCGUGCUCAGUGCGCGGCGAACCUUCACACAUGGCAAACACGCAAGGAGCAGCUCGGAAAUGCGCCCACUGCAGCCUCUCCGCCAGCGGCACCUAGCCCGUCACCUCGAAUGCCAGAUGGAUACCUGACAGCGUUCCCGCUGACGCUGCCACCCUCGCAUCGGACGCUGGAAGACAUGCAGGUCUGGACGCCGGUUACGGCGGAAUCCUCUGACUCUUCCGACCCUGGCAGCCCGUGCUCGUCUCUCUUCACUCUUACGACCGAGGCGUCGACGACAGCGUCGAGCGCGGACCGCGAAGGGAAUGCAGAGAUUCGUGCGGCUGGCCGUGCGGGGAUGCGCAAGCAGCGGAGCAUCUAUAGUUUGAACCGCAACUCCUGGGGCGCGCCCGAGAGGAAAUCGCCAACGGCAUUCGUCGCUCCGCCUCCCGUUACUGCACCUGCAGCCUUGCGUGCCUCGUCACCUUCGGCGAAGCACCCUCGGCUCGCGGGCUCGCGCCAAUGAACCUUGCGCCUCGUAUUUUGACUCUUAUUCUCUAUUCCUGAUUCUUUCGUCUCUGUCUUGCGCUACCUCAUCAUAUAUAUUAGCCUUGCCCAUCACGCUUCGACUUGGACAGUAUCGGCUCACUUUGCACUGUUCGGCUUUCUUGCAUAUCUUCCCAGUCUCGAGGACUGCCACCUUAUAGUAGUGUGUAAUUAUCACCCAGCUUUCCCGUAUGUUUAUCGACCGCGUUCGUAUGUAUUCUGCGUGUAAUUUAGGUAGACUGUUGGGUCUCGUUGUAUCUUAUUGCAGGAGACGAAUACGAAGCUGUAUCUUGUCA